AUGUUGAUGUUGAAAGUGGUCCGUAAACUCCUAAUCAGAAGAGCAGCAUGGGUGCUGAAAUUGAGGAAAGAUGCAGAGAUAGAAUUAAGAGAACAGUUGAAGAGACAGUCACAGGCCUUCAAUGAUCAUUUGAACGAAGCGAUCAAGACGCGUGAAGAAGAAAUAGAGAGGAUUUUGACCAGGAGAUUCGACGAACAAUUAGAGGAAGAAAGGUGCAAGUUCAAAAUGCAGGUAGCCACUAUGGUAGGAAGGUUGCACGGCCUAGACGAAUCAAUUAAAGCUAGAAACGAUGCGGACGCCUCGUCCAAACAGGCCCAGGUGCUGUGGAGCGCGUGCCAGUCCCUGCUGAGGGCCGUCAGGGCGGGAUGCCCGGGUAUACCGUGGAAGGACCAGAUCAGGCCCUUGGAGCCGGAGAUCAAUGCUGUUGUGAGAGCCGCAGCUGAAAACGAUGAAUUGGUUUGUGUGGUUAUCGAAGGCAUUCCAAAGGAGGCUAAAGAGAGAGGUGUAUAUCCUGAGGACGCGCUUAGAGAGAGGUUCUUAAAGGUGGAGAAGGUUGCAAGGACGGUUGACUUAAUUCCUGCAGAAGGUGCCGCCUUACCUGUUCAUAUUUUAUCCUACAUUCAGUCAUUAUUACUAAUAAAAGCCGCCAGUCCCAUACCUAGAGCUGAGCUAAACGAUGAAAAAAUCGAUUUUAGUAAACUAUCGACAAAUGACAUUUUACAAAGAGCAAGGUAUUGGCUGGACAGAGGUGACUUUGCCCAGGCCCUCAAAUACAUGAACCUCCUCAAAGGUGCGCCGAGGUGCGUGGCCAGACAAUGGAUGAACGAAACGAGGAUAUUGCUGGAAACUCAGCAGGCGGCAAACACCCUAAUGGCGCACGCGGCCUCCAGCGGACUGAUGUAUUUAUAAACGAACCUAACCUCACUUUAGUUUGGAACAUAAUU